AUGGCGGCCACCAAGGAGCAAUCUAUAGCAAUGGCUACUCGUACACUGGUCGGCGAUCUCGUCGCUGACUUCGUCACGGCUUGCCAGUCGUCCGUGAGGAACAAGGACAAUUCCAUCGUGUGGGAUCAUCUGGAGAUGGAAGGUGGUGGUCAAGGGCAUGCGCUCGCUCCCUCGGUCGGAUCCAUGGUCGAACGAUACGCGCGCAGGGCUACCUCGGUGUUUGGUCACGGAGGCGAACCAUCGCGCAAACUUUGCAUAACUUCCGAGGCCAUAUCAAGGCCGGGAGAUGCUGAUGGUAAUUGGCCAACCCGGCAGCGGCUGCACAACAGCCUUUGCCAUAUGCACGCUGAAUAUAAAUGUACCACCGGUACUUUAUUGUACGGCGGGAUCCAAGCAAAUUUCGAAGGGCCGGCAGCUCCAGUUGAAACCACAUUCUGCGCCGAGGAGGAUAUUCAUUUCCCAAGCUUGACUGUGGAGGAAACUUUGAGAUUUGCAGUCAACUCUCGGUUCAGCAACGUGAUAUCCUCUGCGGAAGCACACAAGACUGUGGUCAACCUUGCCCGUUUGUUCGGGAUCAAUCAUGUUUUGGCUACCAGAGUAGGCAACGAACAGAUUCGAGGAGUGAGUGGCGGAGAAAGGAGAAGAUUGUCUCUAGCUGAAGCUCUAGUCACUUGCCCGAGUAAUCUGAUUUGCUAUGACAACCCUACCGCUGGUCUUGACUCCUCAACGGCUCUCGAAUUUGUGCAAAUGCUGCGAGAAUAUGCCAACAAGUCCCACUGCACCAUCGCUAUGAGUCUCUACCAGGGAAGUGACGAUAUGGUUCCUCUAUUUGACAAAGUGACUGUCAUAAAUUCGGGGCACUGUAUCUACUACGGUGAUGUGGUUGCAGCGAAGUCCUACUUUGAGGAUGUAGGAUUCUAUUGUCCUCCAACAAUGUCAAUUACGGACUUCUUGAACUCGAUGUCUGCGGAGCCUGAAGCACGCCUGUUACGCCAGGCAGCAGGUCGUUGGUCGAUUCCACAGACACCCGAAGAAUUUGCCACUGCAUUCUGGAAAAGCGAGAAGGGGGUUCGGCGUGGAACACAGAUCGAAGAAGCGAAGAAUAGUGCUAGUGCCGCGGAAAAACCGCUAGGUCGGCGGAAGAAAUCACGACAAACAUACUCGGUUCCGAUUCUCACACAGAUUCUUCUCUGUGCCUACCGUCAGUAUCGCAUAUUCAUCACGGAUUAUAACGCCUGGAUCGUUGAGGCUGCCUGCAUGGCAGUUCAAAGUAUCAUCCUCGGUACAGUCUUUCGAAACCUGCCACAUGAAUCUUCAUCGCUGUACCAGCUUGGAUCGGUUGUUUUCUACGCGAUCCUCGUGCCUGGACUCCAGUCAAUGAGUGAGUUUGGCAAUACCUUUGCACAGCGGCCAUUGCUCUUGAAGCAUAAGCGGUAUCGUUUCUAUCACCCGAUGUCGUAUGGAUAUGGCCAGAUCCUGUCGGAUGUUGUAUGGAAAGUGGUGGUUAUUGCGUACAACAUCCCUAUGUAUUUCCUGGCAGGACUUCACCGCACCGCAGGGCAUUUCUUCAUUUUCUUUCUGGUUGCUUAUAUUUCCCACCUGUCGCUUUCGAUGUUCUUCCGGUUCAUCGCCGUCGUGUCACCGACCGUGGAACGUGCCGGUCUUCCCGUUGGCAUCUUCUUGACGACGCUGGUCAUCUACACGGGCUGGUACAUCCCACCACCACAGAUGCAAGUCUGGCUAAAGUGGUUGCGCGCUCAUGAUCAACGAAGUUGGAACUACUGCCUACGAAUGCACUUCAUCCGACUUAGUUCCCGUGGCCAAACCUAUACGGAUGUGGCAUACCAAGCCUGUGCCAUCGCCGGCUCUGAGCCCGGAAGGACUGUUGUGGAAGGCGCUUCAUAUCUGAAUGCUUACUACGACUUUGAUAAUUCUCACCUCUGGCGUAACGUUGGCAUAAACGCGGGGUUCUUCGUCUUUUUCGCCAUUUUGGUCGGUCUUGCAAUGGAGCUGUUCAGGCCCCCUGCUGGCCUCCUUGCCACAGUCUUUUAUCGCCAGAAGGUCGCGCAUACUGUACCUUCUUCGACCAGCAGCGCUGAGAACGACGUUGAGGCACAAGGAUUUGCUAGGUCGACUAGGAAGGUAUCAAGUCCUGAAGAGGCUCAGUCUCAGGACGGCCAUUCCUUCGCUUGGAAGGACCUCCACUUGACACUCCGUAAGGAUGGAGAGGAACGCACUUUGCUGCAACAUAUUGACGCUGAGCAGUCUCGGCCCCAGCUUUAUGCUACUCCCUUGACCCAUCAAUUUGCCGUCGUGCUUCGUCGCACCUGGUUGUGGUACUGGCGUGAGCCAGAGUAUUUCUCUGCCAAGCUUUGGAUGAAUUCAACAGGGUGCGUUCGACCGUAUGUAUACGAUCUUCCUGUCCUUCUUGAUGGGCCCACCCUUGGCUUAUCCAUGGAGCCACGGUUUACCACUUUCCGCGAUAUCUUUGUGUACCGGGAGAAAGCCAGUCGAUCCUACCACUGUAUUGUGUUUGUGAUGAGUUCCAUUGUCAUUGAACUGCCCUUCACCCUCAUAACGGCGCUCAUCUAUUGGCUUCUGUGGUAUUUCCCAGCUGGGCUGCAAACCGAUCCCACGCAUGCUGGCUACGCACUGCUUUGUUACUGGCUGUUUUCAAUCUUCACUGUGAGCCUGGGAUACCUCAUUGCAGCGUGGAUGCCAAACCUGAAUGCCUCUCUCAUGGCCAAUGGUUUCUUUUUCAUGUUUGUGAAUACGUUUGUAGGCACCUUGACGGCGCGUGAAAAGACUCCGUCGGGCUGGAGUUGGUAUUUCAACGUCUCCCCGCUGUAUUACCUGGCGGAGGGACUCACUACCAACUCUCUAUAUGGGCAUGACAUCCGUUGCACAUCUAGUGAAGUGACUGUUUUCCACGUUCCAGUCAACGAGACUUGCAUUAGCUACGCUGGUUCUUUCUUGCAGUCCGCUACAGGUUAUUUGGUGAACCCAGAUGCCACUGGGGCUUGCGAUUAUUGUCGCUAUAGCAUUGGCCAGGAAUACUACCAACAAUUUGGUUAUGACAACAAUCGUAAGUACCGUGAUAUUGGGAUAUUUAUCGGGCUUAUUGCAUUCAAUUUCACGGCUGUCAUUGUGGGUACCUACGUGACGAAGAUCUACAAGUGGAAGAGGAAGGCUGAGUAA